AUGGCCAGCGAAAAGAUAUACUUGGCUCUAGGAUUUCUUGCAUUUUUAUGGGCUGAAUUGGGUACUCAAAACACAACAACAGAGGAACCCCAAUGCAGGUUGAUGGCUAAGUUUAAUUUGUCUGGAUACGUAGAUGCCAAAAACCAUUCACUUGUUAUUGCAGGACUGUUUCCUAUUCACUCCAGAACCAUCCCAGUAGAUAAAUCUAUUUUGGAGCCAGUAUCACCCAUGUGUGAAGGGUUUUACUUCCGAGGUUUCCGCUGGAUGAAAACCAUGAUCCACACCAUCAAGGAGAUUAAUGAGAGGAAGGACAUUUUGCCCAACCACACUCUGGGCUAUCAGAUCUUCGAUUCCUGCUAUUCCAUCACCAAAGCAAUGGAAUCGGCUUUGGUGUUUCUAACAGGGCAGGAAGAGUACCAACCCAACUUUAGAAACAGCACUGGAUCAAUUCUUGCAGGAAUGGUUGGAGCAGGGGGAUCGUCCUUGUCAGUUGCAGCUUCAAGAAUUUUUGGGUUAUAUUACAUGCCUCAGGUUGGCUAUACCUCUUCCUCCUCAAUUCUUAGUGACAAAUUCCAAUUUCCAUCUUAUCUUCGCACAAUACCCAGUGAUAAGAUCCAGUCCGAGGCCAUGGUGAAUCUUAUUCAACACUUCGGUUGGGUCUGGGUAGGCGCUAUUGCAGCUGAUGACGAUUAUGGGAAAUAUGGAGUAAAAGCUUUUAAGGAAAAGAUGGAGAGUAUCAACCUCUGUGUUGCUUUCUCUGAAACCAUUCCCAAAGUCUACUCCAAUGAGAAAAUGCAAAACGCCGUCAAAGCAGUGAGGAGUUCCACGGCCAGAGUCAUUGUGCUUUUUACCUCUGACAUUGACCUCAGCCCCUUUGUGCUGGAGAUGGUUCAUCACAACAUAACUGACAGGACGUGGAUAGCCAGCGAAGCCUGGAUCACCUCGGCCCUCAUUGCAAAGCCUGAGUACUUCCCCUAUUUUGGCGGAACUAUUGGAUUUGCAAUACCAAGAACCAUUAUACCAGGACUGGAAGAGUUUCUGUAUGAUGUGCACCCUAGCAAGGAUCCAAAGGACGUCCUGACCAUUGAAUUCUGGCAAACUGCUUUUAACUGUACCUGGCCCAAUAUCAGUGUGCCUUACAACGUGGACCACAGAGUGAAUAUGACUGGUAAAGAAGACAGGUUGUAUGACAUGUCUGAUCAGCUCUGCACCGGAGAGGAGAAGCUGGAAGACCUGAAAAAUACCUAUCUGGAUGUGUCUCAGCUCAGAAUCACGAACAACGUCAGACAAGCUGUGUAUGCUAUGGCUUAUGCCCUGGAUCGUCUCAGCAGAUGUGAAGAAGGAUACGGUCCAUAUAUGCCAAAUAAGACUUGUGCAUAUAUACCUACCUUUGAAUUCUGGCAGCUAAUGUACUAUAUGAAGGAAAUUAAAUUUAAAACACAUGAUGACAAGUGGCUGGUCCUGGAUGAAAAUGGAGAUGUGGCACAAGGGCACUAUGACAUCCUAAACUGGCAAUUGGACGACAAUGGAGAAGUUUCCUUUGUGACAGUUGGGAAAUUCAAAUUCAGAAGCAGUAUGUUUGAGCUCAUUAUUCCAAGGGAUUCUCCAUUAUUUUGGAACACCGAGUCAUCAAAGCUUCCCUACUCAGUCUGCACAGACGUGUGCUCUCCGGGGACCAGGAAGGGGAUUCGACAAGGGGAACCCAUAUGCUGCUUUGAUUGCAUCCCAUGUGCUGAUGGAUAUGUGUCAGAGAAACCAGGCCAAAGAGAAUGUGACCCAUGUGGGGAAGACGACUGGUCCAAUGCACAGAAGAACAAGUGUGUGCCAAAGGAGGUGGAAUUCCUCGCUUAUGAGGAGGCCCUGGGGUUCACCCUUGUCAUCCUCUCCAUCUUGGGGGCACUCGUGGUCUUGGCAGUCACCGUGGUGUAUGUGAUCCACAGGCGCACUCCAUUGGUGAAGGCCAAUGACCGGGAGCUGAGCUUCCUCAUUCAGGUGGCUCUGGUCAUCACGGUGCUCUCAUCCUUGCUCUUCAUAGGCAAGCCAUUGAACUGGUCCUGCAUGGCCCGCCAGGUCACUCUGGCGCUAGGCUUUUGCCUCUGUCUGUCUUCCAUUCUCGGAAAGACUAUUUCGCUCUUUUUUGCCUACAGGAUUUCCAUAUCCAAAACUCGGCUUAUAUCCAUGCACCCCGUUAUUCGAAAACUCAUUGUGCUGGUCUGUGUUUUGGGGGAGAUUGGUGUAUGCUCAGUUUACUUGGUAUUGGAGCCUCCGAGGGUGUUCAAGAACAUUGAACCUCAAAAUGUAAAGAUCAUCUUUGAAUGCAAUGAAGGCUCUAUAGAGUUCCUGUGCUCCAUAUUUGGGUUUGAUGUCCUUCUGGCCUUACUGUGUUUCCUUACAACGUUUGUGGCUCGCCAGCUGCCAGAUAACUACUAUGAAGGGAAAUGCAUCACAUUUGCGAUGCUGGUCUUUUUCAUUGUCUGGAUCUCUUUUGUCCCUGCAUACCUGAGCACCAAAGGCAAAUUCAAAGUGGCCGUGGAAUUAUUUGCCAUUUUGGCGUCCAGCUAUGGCUUGUUAGGCUGCAUAUUUCUUCCCAAGUGCUUCAUUAUUCUGCUGAGGCCAAAGAGGAACACUGAUGAGACUGUUGGUGGGAGAGUCCCCACUGUAGACAGGAGCAUCCAGCUGACCUCAGCUUCUGUGAGCAGUGAGCUUAACAGCACCACAGUGUCGACUGCUCUGGAUGAGUAG